AUGCCUACCGAGGACAUCGACGACAUGAUCGAUAGCCAGAUGUUCCAGAAGCCUGGUGAUCUGGUUGAGCGCGAUGAUGACACCGGUCUUAUGCAGGUUGAGAGUAUGUGCAUGAACUGCCACGAUAAUGGCGAAACCCGUCUGCUACUCAUCCGCAUCCCCUACUUCCGCGAUGUUAUCCUCGAGUCGUUCGAAUGCCCUCACUGCCACUUCAAGAACAACUCUAUCAAGUCGGCCGGUCAGAUUCAGGAAAAGGGCUGCUCGUACACAGUCAUCAUUGAGAACGAGAACGACAUGCAGAAGCAGGUCGUUAAGAGCGAUGUCUCCACCUUCAAGAUUGAUACUUUGGGUAUUGAGGCGCCGCCCGGUAACGGUCAGUUGACAAAUGUCGAAGGAUUGAUUCAACGGAUCCAUGAAGGUCUAGCGAGCGACCAACCCGCCCGCAAGGCUCAGGCCCCGGAACUCCACGAUGCUCUCGAACCGAUUAUCAACAAAUUGAAGGAUAUUUUGGAGGGCAACGGUUUCCCCUUCACCAUUAGCCUGGAUGACUACACUGGCAACAGCUGGAUCGCCCCCUCUAUUGGGCAAGACCACGCCAAGAAGUAUCAACGCCGCGAAUAUUUCCGUACCCACGAACAAAAUGAAGAAUUGGGCAUUUCCAACGACCCUAAUGCCUCCCAAACCGAGGGUGCUACGACCGAGGCCGGCGAUGAGGCCUUCGAUUCCGAAAUCGUCAACAACCAGGUCUACACUCUUCCCGCGGAGUGCCCCGCUUGCUACAGGCCAUGCGUUGUUAAUUGCAAGUCUGUGGACAUCCCCCACUUCAAGCAAGUUCUGCUCUUCAGCACCGUUUGCGGCGGUGAGGUUCUCGGUGAAGGCGGAAAAUGGAUCAAGAUGGAUGGCUGUGGCUACAGAAACAGUGACAUCAAGACCGGUGGCGAGGUCCCAGAGAAGGGCAAGCGGAUCAAGUUGUCUGUGGAGAAUGAAGUCGAUUUGAGCAGAGACAUUCUCAAAUCAGACACCUGCUGUCUGUCCAGCGAGGAGCUUGAUCUGACUGUCCAGAGCGGAAGUCUCGGUGGACGAUUCACGACCGUCGAGGGAUUGCUCACCGAGGUCAGGGAUCAAUUGCACGAUCACAUUUUCGACGCCGUCGGGUCUGGAGCUGGUGACAGCAUGGCUACCGACGAGAAGGCCAAGUGGGAUAGCUUCUUUGACAAGCUGAACGACGCCAUCAGUGGCAAGAUUAAGUUCACCAUUACGCUGGAGGACCCCAUGGCCAGCAGCUACGUUCAGGAUCUGUGUUCUCCCGCAAAGGAUGAGCAGAUCUUCAUUGAAGAAUACACUCGCACUGAAGAGGAGGAGGAGGAACUCGGUCUGAAGGACAUGAAGACUGAGGGCUAUGAAGAGGAUCAUGCGAAGGAGACGGCCGAGAAGAAGAAGGCUGAGGCCGAGGAACAGUCAUGA